CAAAAACCCUAUAACCGAAAGUGAAGCUCACCUCACUCUGCUACCAAAUUUCAUUUCUUUCAAAAUCUAAACUGAAACCCAAAACCCCAAAAUGGCCAAGUUCCUCAUAAACAGAACCCUAAAACCAAUCCUCAACCUCAACCUACUCACCCCCCUCUCAUCUCGCUCCCGCCAACUCACCUCCACCGCCUCCGCCGCCGCCGAGCAGCCCCAAUCCGACGGCGGCGACUCCUCCUCCUUCACAUUCUCAUCCAAUCAUGAUGACAGCAUUCACAUCAAGCCCGAUUCCGUCAAGCCCAAAACCACGGCGGCGUCGUCGGUGACGAUGCCGAUGUCGUUCAUGACGGGGUCGGUGGUGGGGCGGAGGUUCUACAACCAAGUCACGACGAGGAAGGCCGACGACGGGAACGGAUGGACGGUGAUGCUUGAUUAUCGGACUCUCAAGACUCCGUCGAAGAGACCCUUAAAGCUUCCGACUUUGGGUUUGGCCAAGGCUAUUGCUGCUGAGUGGGAGUACCAGGAGACAGACGGGAUUAGGCCCUUUACGAUGCCGCUCAUGAAGCUUGCUUGUACGGCACUGGAAAGAGUUCCCAUCACACGGCAUAAGGUUAUAGAAUUCUUGAUUAAUAGAUUCAAUCAAGAUUUAGUAUUUUGUCGCGCCCCAGAUGACAAUGUGCUGACGAGCGACAUCCAUGAACGGCAAGUGGAAAAGAUUGAUCCGUUACUUAAUUGGAUGGAGUCUGAAUUUGGCUUUAAGCCUGUUGUUUACUCCAGCUUUUUUGGUGGAAAGCAGGAUGAGGGACUUCUAAAAUCUGUAGAAACCCUACUGAAGAAAACAGAUGAGUGUGAAUUGGCAGCAAUUGAUGCAAUUGCAGGAGCGGCACACUCCCUAACAAUUGCUCUUGGAUUAUUUCGUGGGAAACUGCAGAUUGAAGAAGCAAUUGAGUUGAUUAGACUUGAAGAAGAUUUUCAGGUCGACAGGUGGGGUCUGGUUGAAGGUGGUCAUGAUGUGGAUAUUGCUGAUCUCAAAGUACAGAUCGCAUCGGCUGCUGUAUUCUUAGGUCUCUCAAGGAGGGUUUAAUCUUAAUACAUCUUUUCUCCAGUUUUUAGUUCUUACUCUUAAAUUUUUUCAAUAGCUUAGCUGUUGGUGGGUUUCCUUUACAGUAUUUACGAUGUUAUAGAUGUGUAGAAGAUACACACCAAGAUGCCCGAUAUUUUGUGAUAUCCUAUUGUUAUGUGUAAGAUCAGAUUAAUUCAGUGAUGUAAUAAUCAACUCUGUUAUAUCAGUGCAAUAAAAUUUAUCUCUUGCUAU